UGCAGGAUCCAUAUCAUCAACUUUGUUUGAAGUGUUUACUUAAGAGUUCACAGUUGCCAUCCCUCUAGACGGAGACGGCAACAGUCAAAAGUUAUCACACUGUCCCGAAACGUCCUAUCAUGCAUGAUAUAGUAAGCUGAUAGCAUGGCAGAAGUUGAGGAAAGGGUUGAGCAGGACCUACACCUUGCUUUACAGAUUCAAAAGAAUAUUUCCCUAGGGUUAGACAUACUGAAAAAUUCUGUUUCCAUAUUAAAAGAUCACUUGGAAAGUUCAGUUAACCAAGCUUUUCUGAAGCAGUUACAGGGAACCAAUGGCACAAUACCCUGCAUGCAACAUGUCCAAGCUGGGAAACAGCAGUUUGAAAACACUCCAGGAAACUUUGUUGAACAAGUUAAAACUAACAGUCAGCAAAUGGUAGCCCUGUUUGAAAGUGCCUACUGUACAUUGGAGCGAUUGGUUACUUGCCUUACGAUAAAGGUAAAAGACUGGCAAUCACAAUUUCAGUUGUGUUAUGCCAAACUGAUGGCACAACCAGAUCUGGAGAAAAUCGCACCAUGGUGUGCCAAGGUUGGACAGAUCUUGCAUGAACUGCUGGGUGAAAGCUUUGAAGCUUGGCACACAAUUUUGAAAAGUGUUCCUGUAAAUGAUCCAGAAAUGUUUCUGACUGAACAUCAAAGACAGCGGUCAGGUUUCCAGAGUUUGAUGACCCGCUUCAUUCAGAGCACCUUUGUAGUCUCUGAGCAAGCAGACUUCUCUAUAAAAACUUUGAAGAAAUAUUUUCCAACAAUUCGUAUCAGAGUGCUGGCUGCUGACUACAUUUAUGACCAUUCAGGAGCAGUUAAAGUCUAUUUUGCAUCAGAACCAGACCUGAAACAAUGUUUCCAUGGUGAUAACCUUGACAUUGAAACUUUAGAAGAAAAGGAAAUAAAAACUGUGCUUGAGUCCCCGACAACGCUAGAAUUAAAAUCACGGAAGGGCACAGAUAAAAUGGAAUGCUGUUUUGAAAAUCUUCAUUUUGAACAGCCAUUUAAGAGACAGAAAGCAAAGGAAAUGAAAGUAUAUGAAGACAAAUAUAGGGUCGUUUUUGUUACACAGAUUGAAUCAGAAACAUAUUUGACAAUAUCUCUUCCAUUGGUUGUUAUAAGUGCGUCAAACCAAGAGAUAGAUGGUCUAGCUUCUAUCAUGUGGCAGUGCACUUCAACAGAUGUUUUCUCAAUUGAAGAAGAAACACCAGCCGAGAUGAAAUGGUCAGCUGUUGCUUGGAUGCUUAAACAGAAGCUUUCUUUGAUUUCGCAGUCACACAAUCUAACUGAAGAUAACAUCACACACCUCAAAAACAGACUGUUUGGUGAAGAAAACAAAUCAGAUGAUGACCUUGUGUCAUUGACGCAGUUUUGUUCUGUUGAAAUGCAAGGUUUACCAAAAGAAAAAUUUUCCUUCUGGAAGUGGUUCCUGGGAAUUUUUAAUGUGAUAGAGGAUUAUCUAUUACCUUACUGGAAUGAUGGAUUGAUAAAAGGGUUUGUUAAAAGGAAAGAUGCGGCGCGAAUGUUGUUACAGUGUGAACGAAGUGGAACAUUUAUCCUGAGAUUCGCUGACACAGAGCUCAAUGACAGAGAUGGGCUAAAAAAUGUAGAGGGUUUACUAAAGGCAUCCGUGCUUUGCAUAAACCUUAAUACAACAAAGAAAAUGGGUAAGAGGAACAGUACAGGUCAGCUGGAACUUACGGAAAAAAAGAUAGAAAAUCUAGAUUUACCUGAUCCACCAGAGAAACUGGCCAAUAUUUUAGACGAUGAAAAGAAACUCUUUUACUGUUAUUUAUACCCCAGUGAUAAGUCAAGGAAGGAACUCUUCAAUAAAUACUAUGAAGAAAAAAAGGAGGAAAGCACCUUGCUUGCCAAGGUAUACACGGAUCCUUCUAAGGUGGGACCUACAAUUAAUGAUCUACAACAAACGUUCAGAGAAAUCAGCCUCAUUAAAGAAAUUGGAAGUUCACUUGCUGAGCACAGUUUACAAUCAGAACCCAGAAUAGUAAAGAAAUCUAGAAGAAGUGAUGGAAUGGUGAAAUCUGAUGAGGUGUCAAUAAACGGUCAGACAGACAUUUCUUCUGAUGUUUCUACGCAAAACCACAGCCCAUUAAAUUUAGUGCAGAACACAUGUGAUGAGCAAAGCCCAGAACAUCUAGGAUAUUUAGACCAAAGUCCAACACAGUCUGUGCCCAAUCAUACUUUUCAGGGGCAUUUCACGAAAGAAUUAAAUCAAGACGCAGUUGUACCAGAUUCGCCUGAUAGGCCUUUGCUACCAACAGUAGUUGAAGACAUGGAUGUUCUUGAACCGUCCAGUAAUAAUUUCUGUUACCGGAAAAAGUUUUGUAAGAAAAACGCUUACCAAAAGAAUCUGGACAAAACUUCACAAUUCGACAGCAGUCCUAGGGAACAAAUCCUUUUCUUGGACACUCCCGCUGUUGAAAUAGCAUCAAAUCAAAAGCUUGACAGCAUUUUGGGUUCGCUGGACAAAUCUUCGAAAAUGGGAGGAGACAGUGCAGCUGUAGGAGAAGUUUAUGUUUCGAAUGAGAGAACAGGCAUGGCAGUUCACGAUGGAAAUAUGACAGUAGGAGGAGCAUCCUCUAAAGAAGAAUCUCAGUCCGUAAAUGAUUUAAUUUUAUCACUGGGAGGAACCAGUACGCAUGAUGGGAGAGAUAAACAGGCAUUGGUUGAUACUGCUACAUCGGUAGUUGGUGCAGGUGGAUCAGCAGUUUCAAAAGAUAAUGCCACUGUAGUAGUGAGUAAUUUCGUCAUGUCAAUAGGAAGAGACUUGUUGAGCCAGGUUCCUAAUCAAGUUGAUGGGCAGACCUUUCAAGAAGUUGAUAACUGUGGGGCUUCUAAAGUACAUGCUCCACAAAAUCAACAAGUUCCACUUGCAUUUAGUUGCUUAGAGGCAUACUCGAAGUUGUCACCGUCAACUUUAAGUGAAUUAAAGCAGACUUUAAAGCCAGAUCAGUUUAGACAGGUUUUACUUUGGACCCAAAUUGAAAAUGAUGAAGUUGAAACAGGUAUGCCUGUUACAAUUGCUGUUGAAUUUGGAGAGGAAAUUGCUGACAUCGAGGCAGAUUCGCCAUUUCAUCAAAAUGCAGAACUUUGUAUGGAAAAUGCUACCACAUUCGCUGAACAUGAGAACAGCUUGGACGGAUUACUAAACGCUGACCUUCUGAAUGAUGACACAAUUCCAGACCUACAAGAUUUUGACAUGCUCCUUGAUGAAUUAGAGACAAAGUAACGUAAUCAAAAUGUGAAAGACAUAGUGUUUUCAAGGAUGUAUUCCCAUUUGUAAAAAACUGAAAAUAACUUUAAUCUUUUUUAUUCAUUUUCGUGGAAAUUUUAGAAGGAUAUUAUGUGACCAAUUAGACAUUCCAAUCAUUACUUGCUUCAGCGCACGAAAAGUCGAUAUUUUUAAAGAAGUACCUGCAGUGUAUUGUCUUGGACGAUCAUGAUUUUAUGUCUAGAUUGUAUGUCGAGAGCGGACCAGUUUUGGAUCGAGAACUUUGACGUCUGAAUAUACAAACUAGUAUUGCGGUUAAUGGUCCAUACGUUGGGAAUAUAGGCGAAAAGAAGAACAGCGAUGACCAAACCGCUCGUAAAAAAACAUUAAAGUUGUUAAUGAGCUCAAUGAAGAUCAUGGUUAUGCAGCAUGAAACUGCAGCAUAAACAGUGUCUUAUAUUUUCAGUCUUAUACUUUGAUUUUUUAAAGAUAAGUAUUUAUGUGUCUAAUGUUUAAUAUGCAUAAUUAAUUAAUUAAAGUCAAACGUUUUACAAA